UGGUGCGAGAUGUAAUUGGCGCGAAUGAUUUUUAGAAGUUGACAAGUUUGAAUCUCAUUUGUAUAACAUUUUAUAGCUAUUAUCUUAUUAUCGCGCGUGCAGCGCACGUGCGAUAAUCUUCCGUAAAGUUUGAGAUCCUGAGAUUGGUCAAUUAUUUAAACAUGGCAGUUGACGAAUUCGGUGACUCGGCACUGGUUUUACCUGGGGGAAUCGAUACAUACUUCUUCUUGCACCUUGUUUAUGAUAUCGGAGAAAAAAACAUUGGAGAUAAAGGGAGACCGUCACAAGUAUAUUUUGACGAAGAAGCUGGCAUUCUUUAUUAUUUGGAAGAUUUCUUGCUACGGGUCUUCUUGCUCAUGAGAAAUAAAGAGUUCAAGGUCGUCAAGUACGAGCCAAAUGUGAUCUGUUUCGUGGUCGACCGGAACAAUGCAGGUCGAUGCAUGGUUAAGAAGAUCAACCCGAACGAAGCUUGUCAUACUUUCAAGAAUUUGGACGUCAACGGUAACGGCGGAAUAGACUUUAGCAUCGACGAAAUAAAAGUUCCCGAUGUCUCCACCUGGCUUUACUUCAACGACACUCUCAUCGUUAGCUCCAAGAACUCCAUCUUCCGAGUCAAAGACCGUGAAGUGGCGGAACGAAAGUUCUCCGAAGAAAUAGCCUUUGUAGAUUUCUUGGACUCCGAACAUCUUCUUAUAACAUUCGAAGGAGGAAUAGAGAUCUAUCUGCUCGACGAUUUACUGGAGAUAGAAGUAAAGCUCAGCGUUAGGUGUGAUGAUAAAUCGUCUCCAUUUACACCGGUGAAGCUUAUCGGACGAGAAUUAUUUAUAUUGGCCGAUUCGAUGCUCCUUGUUACCAGAAUUCCGUUCGUAACAGAUUAUGAAAGAUCAGAUCAGACGAAUCCAUUGGUGGCGUCAGUCAUAUACCCAGUUGCUUUCGGUAAGGUGCCUUUAAAUCCUAAAUCGCCAACCGGGCGAAGAAUCGCAGCAUCAGUUUCUCGAAACCAGAAACUAAUUCUUCAGGUUGCUCACCCGGCUAAACCUGAACGUCAGAUAAUCAAAUCGGUUUUGCUGAAGCCGUGUAAAGUAACAGAAUGUGAUUUAAAUUUGCCCAACACUCAGAAUAUUCAAUUUGAGCAAAAAAUUGUGGAUAGCCCAGCCAAUGGGAAUCGUGACAAUUAUUUCCUUUUCAACGGGCGCAUUUUGUGCCGGAUUGAAACUAAGGGUACCAUAGGGGAUUGGAUUAAUCAGAAGAGAAUAACGCCAGACCAACUGAAAGCGAAAGUCUCCCAUGCUCUCCAGGAUCGUGAUAUCGAAGCGUGUAUAGAGCUAAUUUUUUAUAUGAUCUCUGAACUUGAAUUCUUGACAAAUAUGGCCUCUUCACCAAUUCAAAACGGUGAAAUGGCUUUUGAAAAAUGGCAUUCUUGUAUGGAUUUUAUUAAGGAUGUUAUGAACAUUUUAUUAGAAUGGAAAAAAUGUUCUGCUGUACCCAAAGAGGGAAUUAUUCACCGCUACAGAGUCCUUGCUGAAUCAUUUGAGAACGGUUCUCGUCAAAUGGAAUUGAAGCCUUCUUCUAUGGGAAAUGCAAAACGAAUGAAAGCGUCUCAUAAAGAAGACAUGAUGAGACUCUUCGAAUGUCAUUUCAAAAGAAUGAAAACCAGAAUGUUUAGUUUGCAGAAAUUUUUCAAGAAGAUGAAUACGGUCGAACCUAAGGCUUUGGCUGAUCGAUUGUUAGCAGACUUGAAAAAUUUUACAACAUUGGAUCGUAUGUUCGACAUUAUCGAAGACGCAAGUGUUCAAAUGUAUCACUACCAACAUUCAGAUAAAAAAAAUUUACCAAUCAGCACAUACAAUUUUGGGGAGAUGUUUGAGGUACCUUGCCAGUUUAUGCUUCAGGUCCUAAACGAAUUUUAUCCUAUCACAAACCGUUCUAAGACUACUGCCCUUCUUGCGCUCUUCAAUCAUUUGCUACGCUUUCAUGCCAAACAAAAAUUUUAUUCAAUCGUCGACAAAGUAAGUGUACUUUCUAAAUCAUACAUACCACAGCUGAAGGAAAUAUUUGCGACCAGCAAGGACUUGUUCUCAGUUUGUCUGGCGAGGGAGCUUCUCGUUCAAGCUAAACAAAUAGAUCCGAAGAAGAAUGAAGCAUUUGUACUCUUGAUGUGCAUAUUUAAAGAAAAUGAACUCUGUUCUUCGAUUCUCGGUGAAAGAAGCUGGCUCGGGCAACUUCACUUCUCAGUUAUGAUACUAGAUACCGUGCAUCACAAGAUGACAUAUUCUAUUGACGAACUCGUCCAAUUUGACAAUCAAUCGAAGAGAAUCAUGAAAACCAUCGUAAACAGUCAUAUGGGCAAUUACCACAAGGAAAAUCAGCAGCUCGUGGUAUGGGGCUCGCAUAUAUACGGUACCAGAUUGACCGACUUCGGCGAAUGGCUACAACACUGUCUCGGGCAUGCUUCUCCAGGAAAUCCUCCGGAGUUGGGUAGUCUCGAUGCAAUCGCAGCGAUCAUAGCCUGGAUGCUCAGCAUCUGCAACGCUAAUCAAGCUAACCAGAUUAGUCUUGCAUCAUGCCCAGAGUUUGCUACUUUGGAAACGAGGCAUAUGCGUUUCUUGCUUGACCUAUCAAACCAGAGCAGCGGCCUGUCGUUAGGUUCGUCAUAUAAGUAUACCAAAAAUGGCUUGGCAACUUCGAAGACAACAGCCCGGAAAACUGCAACAUUCGCAUUAACAGCCCAUUUGAGCAACAAAAACAUGAUCAUAACUCCUGCCAUGAUGAAUUUGCUCGAUAAAGCUCCACGAUAUACUCGUCGUACAGCUUUAACUUUGUUAGCUUUUCACGGCGUGUAUCUCAAAUCUGACCUUCAGAAACCCUUUAAAAUUUUUGCUAGAAUGUUAACAUCAGAAUCAUUUCACAGCAUCGCCCCAGAUGACUCGAAAAUGGAGUUUUUGGUGAAAGAAACCCAAUUCCAAGGUAUGAUUAAAGAGUUCUUGGGAGUGUCGAUUUUAGAAGUGCCUGAAGUCAGCGGAAAUGGAUUCAGCGUGAUGAAAAGCUGGCGCACUAUGUAUGAAGAAUUUAGAAUCCUCGAACACUGCAAGAAGAUUAAAGUUGUCCAGCAUUUAUUCCUUCAAAACAUCAUGAUAUACGCAACCGAGAAUCCUUCUAGCAGUAGCUGUUCAGUCGUAUAUAAGGCAGUUAAAAUAUUUAAUGAAUCUUUUACAAACUUCGACGGAAGCGCUGCUUCUGAUUUUUCAUCCGAGGGCGCAAAAUCUAAGGAAGACUGGAACUCUUGGAUGCUAUGGAGCGCUCCCUUCGCCAUGGAGUUUCCCAAGAUACUCUACCACGGCCUCUACCACACCAAGGACUUCAUCGAUCACGUAGCUGCAGACGUUACGUCUGCUCUAGCUGUUGCGUACGCGGCAUGUUGCGUCAACCAAGCUCCUAAAUCUUUCAACGUGUUGGAGUGGGAAAGAAGCUUAUGCAAAGUGGGCUUGAAGGCAUGGCCCCACAGGAGCGUGUGUAGCAGCUGCGUAGCGCUCCUCGUGCUCACUGGGAGAGACUGCACCAAACUGCGCUCAGCGCUCGCGCUCGCUUUCAUGAUUGCUUCGAUAGUAAGCAAGAUCGUUAAGGACCCAUCUAAAAGCAACUCACGUAAUCUUUGCAAACUGAAGAAUACUCUUGAACAACUUGCUUACAACGACGGUGCAGCAAUACUCCUUCGUAACCUAUUCGACGAGGCUUGUAAAAUUACAUUGAAUUCAUUCAAUAAGGACAUGCUCUACACUCCUGAUACUCCUAAAGGUGCAAUAAUUGAGGCAAGAAAGGGAAUCUAUUCUGUGUCUCAAAAUGUCUCAAAUAAAUCAUGUGGCAUAACCGUCGAAGAAUUGAGGACAAGAUUCUUGAGAAAAGCUUCGCUUCUGAGAAAGGAAUUUGUUAAAAGUUAUGAAAUUCCCGAACGCAAAUCCGAUACAACGAAUACAUCAAGGGGAGAACAAACUGAAAUCAGCAGACCUCGUCCUUCUGAGGAUUUACAAAGAAAUAACGGCAGUCUAGAGCCAGACCCAAGAGAAUCCUUAAAUCGUGAAUCAGAUCAAAUUGAAGCAGCAAAUGAAGGGCUCCCUGCACAAAAUCUAACAAGUUCUGCCAAAAGUCCUUGCAAUUUUGAACCAGAUCGGAAGGAAACGGCAAGUGAAGUGCAUGACUCGCUCCUUGUGGAAAAUCUAACAAGUUCAACGGAAAGUCCUCGCAAUUUUGAACCAGAUCGGAAGGAAACGGCAAGUGAAGUGCAUGACUCGCUCCUUGUGGAAAAUCUAACAAGUUCAACUGAAAGUCCUCGCAAUUUUGAACCAGAUCGGAGGGAAACAGCAAGUGAAGUGCAUGACUCGCUCCUUGUGGAAAAUCUAACAAGUUCAACUGAAAGUCCUCGCAAUUUUGAACCAGAUCGGAUGGAAACAACAAGUGAAGUGCAUGACACGCUCUUCGCGGAAAAUUUAAGUAGUUCCAUCAAGAGUCUUCGCAACUGUAAACCAAGUCGAAGGGAAGCAGAAGGCGAAGUGCGUGACUCGCCACGUGCUGAAAAUCCAACUAAUUAUAGUGAAAGUCAUCGCAAAUUCGAAUCAGAUGGAAGCGAAGGAGCAAGUGCAGCGAAGGGGAAGGAGCAAGUGCACAUGCUCCAUACUGUAAGUCCUUGCGACAUGGAGUCAGGCCGAAUGAUAACAGUGAGUGAAGAAACAAGCACGAGUCUUGCGAAAAAUCUAACGAGUUUGACUGGAAAUCCUCGCAAUAGUGAAAAAGAUCGAAAGGAAGCAGCAAUUGAAGAGCAUGAUUCGCUCCGUGCGGACGGUCCAGUGUGUACUUUUGGGAGUUUGUUCCGCAUUGAGCCAUCUAAAUGGGUGACAUUAGGCGAGGUGUGCGACAUGCUCCAAGAUAAAGAUUCUAGUCAAAACGAAGCGUUUCAAAUAACCAACUAUAAUCAAUCAGCAUUGACCGAGUCUUGUUCGAUUAGAAAUAAAUCUUCUUUUUUGGACCCAUCAGGUCAAUCGGUUACUUCAGAACAUCAAAAUUUUCCCAAUACAAUUUCAUCGUCUAUGCCAAGCGAUCAAAAUCUUCCCGUAUCUAUGCCAUUCAUUGUGAACACAUCUACUUCAGAAAACCAAAAAUUUUCCCGUGCAACUUCAUCGUCUUUGCCGAGCGAUAAUAACCCUCCCGUUUCCAUGCCAUUCAUUGUGAACUCAUAUAUGCAAUCAAUAGCUUCAUUACCUCUAAAUGAAUCCAGCCUAAUUCUGACUAAGAUGCUGAAUAAAUCGAAAAAUUCAAACUCGGAAGGUCGUCCCUCAUGUUCAAUUCAUAAUUCUCAAUCGAGACUUACUACCCCGCCGCCGUCAGUAUCUAAUGAAAACCAACAAAACUGUUUAACAAGUCAUCUUAGAUGCCAUCGUGUUUGUAGGACGCUCAAAGUGUUGGUGUGUCAUCGACAUUGCUUCAAAUCAGGGCCCCGUGCUUGUCAUCUUGAAUGUUCGACAUCUGUGCGUAGAGAACUCUUAGGUGACUGUGCGGCAUCUGCGAGAUCGGAAAUUCCCCGCAACUGUUCAACAACAUAUGUCAAAGUAUGUCAUCUUAACGGUUCGACGAAAAUUACGAGCAAAACUCAUUGCUCCUCAAAGACAUCGAAGUAGCAUGCCAAUGUUUUAGUUUAUGUUCGAAAUUUGUAGCCAAAAUUUUACAUCUCGUGAAUAAACUGCAGGACCUGUAACAUGCCAUCAGAGUUUCCCAUGUAAUUUUUGAAAGCGUAUAUGUGACACCCAUUACUCGUAUGUUGUUACCGAAAUAACGUAUUUCCUAGAAAUAUACAACCGUUUUCUUGGAUUCUCGUAGACAUCUUGAUAAACCUUGAAUCAAUGUCUUUCAAAGAUACAGUUAUUAAUCUGCAGCUGUUUACGAUCUCUGAGGAAAUGCGGAAUUUUUACUUCAUGAUCUGAUUCUGCUCCGACUGCUCCUAAAUCUGAAUAUUAGUUGAUGCAAAUCUUGUAUUUAUAUGGCAUUGGUCGACAGUUGUGUAUGAGCUUAAUGUUUGCGUAGAAAGGACGCGUCGGAUCGAUACUCGGCUAGAAAACCAUGUAUUUAUUUUAUAAAUUACACAUUUUGUGUGAGCUUGUAUAUAUGCAGAUAUCUUAUCAGUUUGAUUACAGUUGUUAAUUACGGAGCAUCUACCAAAAUUUAGAAAUUAAUCCUACAUUUUAACGCUUGUCGCUUGUAUAUGUUGUGAUGUAUAAUAUGAAAUUUCGUCAAAUUUUAAUAUUUGCUGCCAUUUUGAACGACAACUCCUCGUUUAUCGAAUUUAUAGGAUCCUUUAUAAUGAUGAAAUUUUUUUGCUUUACUAUUUAAUCGGACACGAGUUUUUUUUUCACUUCAUGACUGUGGAAAUGAGUUGCUGCGCAGGUAAGAACUAUCGAGAUGUUAUUAAGACCAUUUCUUCUUCCUGGAAUUAAUUUUAAAAAGUUUAGGUUAAGUUUGUGUGAGAAUUUUAUUGAAAGUUUUCGUAUCGCAUCUUAUUUCUUUCGGUGCAUAAAGUGACCCAUGCAUCACUUUAGCAGCAAAUGAUUAAACUCUUUACCCACUACUAUAUAGUUAGUAAUUAAACGUAUAAUUUAUAAA